AUGGCAUCUGCUCAGUCGAUUGCUUCUGAACAUAUCCAACGUGCAACAACUCGUGUAUAUAAUGAAGCUGGAUUAGAUCCAUCUCUUAUUGUUUCUCCUUAUAUUAAUGCGUGGUUGGAAGAACAUUCACGAGUUUACUUGUACGAUCCAGUUGGUAUGUUACAGUAUAUUUUAUCCUUAGGUUCGUACCUUGGCGAAGACAAUUACGUGUUUCGCAACAAUCGGAAAAAAACACCUACAACACUUUAUUUGUCAUUAUGUACACGUCCAGGUAAAGAUAACCUUCCGAGCAAAUACCUUGAAGGUCUUCUUAAUAAUCAGGUCAGUCGAUUUGAUGAAGUAUUUUGGAUGACAUGGUGCCCAUCACAAUCAUCAACACAAAACGGUGGUGAAAAUGAUAAUGCUAAGUCCACUAAUAAAAAAAUAGCGCUUCAACGAAUCGAGGGUUCAGUGGAUGACCUCUUCGAAGAAAUUGACUUGCAAUGA